GUUGUUCAGACAGAUGAAACUGCAAGGAAACCAGAGCAUGUUCCUAUUAGCAGUGAAGAUGAGAGGAAUGCUGUUUUCCAACUAGAAAAGGCUAUUUCAUCUAAUAAAGCUACCUCAAGUGAUCUUCAGAUGGCAGUGCUUUCAUUUGAAAAAGAUGAUGAUCGUAAUGGACACGUAGAUUUCAUUACAGCUGCAUCAAACCUUCGUGCCAAAAUGUAUAGCAUUGAACCAGCUGACCGUUUCAAAACGAAGCGCAUAGCUGGUAAAAUUAUACCUGCUAUUGCAACAUCUACUGCAGCAGUUUCUGGCCUGGUCGCAUUGGAGAUGAUCAAAGUAGCUGGUGACUAUCCAUUUGAAGCUUACAAAAAUUGUUUCCUUAACUUAGCCAUUCCAAUUAUAGUGUUUACAGAGACAUCUGAAGUAAAAAGAACAGAAAUCAG